GCGGGAAGCCGGGCUGCUGCUCUGCGGUGAUUUUCAGGCUCGCGCUCUGUCCGACUCGACACGGCGCGUGACAGGAAAACAAGCAGGAGACAAAAGAAAAGGCCACGCGAGCAGAAGAUUUGUUGCCAGAAUUUCAGCCUCUCUCAGCCAACAACACCGACACCGGCUGCUGUCACGCGCGAAACGCGACGUGGCGCUCGUGCCACCGUCCCAUUCAGCGGCUCGUCGGGACCCUCCCUUCAGACGGUCGUGCCUCGCGAGCUGGCGGAGACGCGGUGAACGGCGGCUCGGAUCAAUCAAGCCGCCCGCGUGACCAGGACUGACCUCCUGCGGCGAUGCGAAGAUGGCGAGGAUGCUCCACCACCUGGCGCUCCUCCUGGUCGGACUGGCGGUGAAGAUCAGAGUCCUGGGCUACUGGUCGCUGGUCUACGGCUACUGCGCCCUGUGCGCCGCCGUGGCGCUGCUGAAACUUUGGUGGAGCGUCGUGCUGCGGCCGACCACGACCUUCCGCUGGGGGCUCCGAGAAACCCCCCCGGCUUGUCUGAACGACACGUCCUUGGGAACCCACUGUUAUGUUCGCAUCAAGGAGUCCGGCCUCCGCUUUCACUACGUCGCAGCUGGAGAGCGAGGGAAGCCCCUCAUGCUGUUUUUGCACGGCUUCCCUGAGUUCUGGUUCUCCUGGCGCUACCAGCUGCGUGAGUUUAAGAGCGAGUUCCGUGUGGUGGCUGUCGACAUGCGUGGCUACGGAGAGUCGGACCUGCCGCUCUCCACCGAGAGCUACGGCUUCGAUUACCUGGUGACCGAUGUGAAAGACAUCGUGGAGUACCUCGGGUACAACAGAUGCUGCCUUGUAGGCCAUGACUGGGGCGGGACGGUUGCCUGGCUGUUUGCCAUCCAUUACCCUGAGAUGGUGACGAAGCUCAUCGUCCUGAACUGUCCUCAUCCGUCUGUGUUCACAGAUUAUGCCCUGCGCCACCCGAGCCAGCUGCUGAAGUCCAGCCACUUCUUUUUCUUCCAGCUGCCCCGCUUCCCGGAGCUCAUGCUCUCCAUCAACGAUUUCAAGGCUCUGAAAGCCUUGUUCACCAGCCGCAGCACAGGGAUCGGGAGGAAAGGCCGGUGGCUGACUGCAGAGGACCUGGAGGCCUACCUGUACGCACUGUCACAGCCCGGAGCUCUAACAGGAGCCCUCAACUACUACAGGAAUGUCUUCAGCUCCCUGCCCCUGAGCCACAAACACGUCAGGUCUCCGGUGCUGCUGCUGUGGGGAGAACGGGACGCCUUCCUGGAGCAGGAGAUGGCGGAGGCCUGCCGCCUCUACAUCAGGAACCACUUCCGUCUCAACAUCAUCUCUGGGGCCAGCCACUGGCUGCAGCAGGACCAGCCCGACAUUGUGAACACCCUCAUCUGGACCUUCCUGAAGGAGGGAGAGGGGCGCAAAAGUUACAGGAACUAAAUGAGCAACCUCCUCCUGCACUCUCCCCUCCACUCCUCCUCACUUGCCACUCCUGGAAGCCUUUAAUAUGCCUGUGACACCAAGCGACAUAGUGAUGAUGCAAUCAUACUUUGGAUUUUUUUCCACAUUUUAGAUAUUUUUUUUAAAAGAAGGUCAGCAGUAAAGGAGCGAAUCAAAGCACACCUCACCGGAGAGAGCGAUGAAGAGUACACAAGACACAUGUUCAAGAUGUUUUUUGCACACGACAGUGACAUCCGCCUUAAAGUUUGUCGGUUACAGCAUUACAAAUGUGUGGCGAAACCGUUUUGUGACUCGUAUUGUGUGGUGCCUUUUAACUUUCGAACUGUCGCAGUGUAAAAAACGUCCCGAGGAGUCGGGAUGUUGCGUUGUCAGCUGUACUUGUGUGUUUCACUCAGUCGCUCAACUCUAGUUCGAGCACAGUCUUUUGGGGGGUCAGGACCCCCCUUGCUCCCUUUAUCAGGUAGUGUUUGUCACGAACUGUUUUCUUUGUUUUCUUUGUUUUGUUUUUGUUUUUUCAAAGAUGUUCGCUGUAAUGUAGAGAAUGUUAUCAUGAUCUUCCUGUCUAGAAAUGUCACUGAUGGUUAUUGUACUAUUUUGUAUAUCUUCUACACACUGCAUUUUGAAGUUUGCUGAGCCAGGUCUACACCGUUUGAUUUUAUAAAUAAACUGAAUAAGUGUCA